AUUCCUUUGUGCUGCAUCGGUCCCCACCUCACCCCCAAGUGGCAGUGUUAAAGUUAACAUUCACGUCACUUCCCUAAUGCUUCAUUUGGCACGGCUGUGUGGACUGUGAAGGGAGAAGGUUAAGCAAGAAAUGUGGCGCCACGUAUGCAGCAAUUAAAUUGACAGAAUGAGAAAGAAUCUUAGUUUAGUACAGUAUUACUAAUGUAUAGGUGUAGGAAUGAUCAGUGCAUUUAGAUUACCACCACUAGCGACAUUUCGUUGGGUGUAAGGCUUCGAUAGUUAAAACAAAAACAAUUGCUAAGUUGGUCGUGGUUCUAAGGGAAGUUAACUACGGUUCGCUCAAAAUCAAACCAAGGUAGUCAACAAGUUUGCAAAACGGUGGAGAAGAUGAGUCAAACAGAUAAAGAUCAACAAGAAGUCUCUUCAUAUCUUGGAGAUGAACCAUCGGAAGAUUCUAAUAAAGAUCAUCCACAACCUCAGCCAGGAAUGUUUUCCCGUGUGACAGGGGGGAUCUUCAGUGUGACAAAGGGAGCUGUUGGGGCCACAAUAGGAGGUGUUGCUUGGAUUGGGGGCAAGAGCUUUGAGGUGACCAAGACAGCCGUGACAUCAGUGACAUCGGUGCCGGCCAUGGGAGUCGGGCUUGUGAAAGGGGGUGUCUCUGCAGUGGCUAGUGGGGUGUCAGCAGUGGGCUCUGCUGUGGCUAGUAAAGCACAUUUAACUAGCAAGAAGAAAGACAAGUCUGACUAAAGGAGGAACAGCAUGAAACUGAUGCAACAACAUUUUUCAGGGCCUUUGGGGAGGCCAGAUUUUUUUUUUUUAACAGAACAGCUGUGGCAAAAACUGUCAGAAGAAAUUGGAAAAAAAAAACAAAGCCAUAUGUUUCAGGACACUUUAAACAUACAGAAUGGCUGUGCUAAGAUAAACCAGCCGUUUGGCUUUCAACUCACGGGAGGCCAAGUGACUGUGUCAUUUCCAGAUAGUGCUUUUCUGUUAAGGGCAGAAUCUUAAAGAUGUGUAUUUUUAUGAUAAAAUGAUACUAUUGCAGUUGUCGGAUCAUUUGUUUAAGAAAUGGUAAAACAUUUAUAGUGUCAUCUGUGUAUUUGCUUAACACGUGCCCGAUUUUUUUGCUGUCCCAGAAAAAAAUGAAUAGGAAAGAAAAAAUAUAGCAUUAUAGUGUAAAUGUACAUACUUUCAUAUAUCUAUGCAAAGUGGUUCAAAGUUUUCAUGCAACUAGAAGAGUGUUUGCCUAACUCCAUGCUUGCAAAUCAUCAUGCUCAUUAAUUCAUAGUCAGCGUAUGUUUUCAAGGAACAGUGUGAUAUAAAAAUCUGUAACUGCUUUUUGUUCCUGCACCAUCAUGAAGCUGAAAACUAAAUUUCAGAUCAAUUCAGUAAGUUAUUGGGAAGUCAUAAGCCACGUGUUUUCAUAGCAACAUAUUUAGUAUAAUAAAUCAAAAUGGCCUGGUGAUUAGAGCUGAAGGACUGGGAGCUUGUUUUUAUUCAUUUCCUUACUUUGUGACCUUAAGAGUCACAUAACUUUAUUUUUUUCAACUCCUAGAUGAUGAUAAACUAAGGUCAGACAUGUACUAAUUUGUUUUUCUUGAAGCACUCUUAUUCUGUACUUCUUUCUUUUUAUUAUUAUUCUGAAGGUGGAUUUAAAACUACUUGCCUGAUGGCCUACACUGUACAAUAUCAGUGACAUUGAAGAAAUGCCACCCUCCCCACUUUGAAGAUACAGUACAAAUCACAAUAUCAGUACAUACCAUAGUUUUGACAGUGUAAAGACAAAUGUCAAAUUACCCACUGCUUCAGUAGCUGUGAAUAUCAAUGAGUGUUUUCUUGCAAUUUAGUAUUGAUAUUCCAUUCCAUAGGGUCUAAUAUCUAUAUCUAUAUCAAGAGAGAUCAAUCAUACUUUAUUUUUCCUUAUGAUGUAUGAAUGAAUUGCAUGUAUUCCUUUUUCUAAAGCCUUUUUUUUUAAGUAAGUGUUUCAUGGCACUGGUAUGCAUUUUGAGAUACUGAAGAAGUGUAAGACAUUGGCUACUGUAGUGUGAUAGGGAGCCACAUAUGUUAAUCUUCAAGUACCUCCUGUUUCUCGGACCAAGAACCUUGAAAUGCAAGUUUUGGUGAACAUUAAUUGGGGCAAAUUACAUUUUAUGAUUGAGCAAUAAAGCAUUUUGUCGGUUAACAUGCAAGUUAUAAAGACAAAAUCAAUGUGAAUAAUGGCCAUUUUUUUGUUUGUGUAUACGAUGCAAUCCUUUUUUAUAUGUCUUAAUGUUUUAAUGGAAAACUUGGUUGUAGUUCUGGAAGGAGAAUCCACCCCUAAUCAACACGUCAUCUCCGAGCACUAAAAAUGCUUUCAUUCAUAUCGCUUCUGGCCUCUGUCACGCGCGGCAGGGGCUAAACAGGGAGCCGGAUAUCUUUAGAGCCAUGGAUUCCCUAAGGUUUCCUCCUACCAGUGUGUAGGGAUUUCUUCCUUACCUGAGUGCAGAGCGGUUCGUAUUUAGAUUCUGCAGGGUGUGUGGCAGGCUGUUGAGGCUGGGCUCUCCCUCAGUGCAUUCAUGCUCUGGGGGGUGGGCCGUGUCUCGGCUGCUUACUUCAUUAAUCAUUUUCCUAUCUUUUGGGGGUAGGUGGCAUGCACCACUGCAGUUGUUGCGUUAACCAUUCAUCAUUUUAUCUAGUCAUGGUUUGGUGGCUUUGUCUUUUGGGAGAGGUGGCCCUUCAAGCCACUUCCUAUCUGUGGCACUAGACUACACAAUGCUCGUGUAUUCGCUAGUCGGCCAGCAUUGAGGGUAGCUGUCGAGCACCCAGGGACAAGGUCAUCGGCCAUAUUCAUCAUCCAUUAUUAAUUUGUCAGUCAAUUGUAAUUUAAAUUAUCUAUAUUGUGGAUUCUCCAUCCUGAAUACCUUAAUAUUAGAGAUGAGAGAUCUCAUGAAUCCUACUAUUUCAAAUAAGACCACAGUAUGGUAUAGAAAGGAAUGUGAAAUAUGAGAUGAAAAGUGCAGAGACCAAAUUGUUUUACUCCUUGGCAAACUACUCCAUGAUUUGUGAAUCUGGCAAUGGUCUAUUUGAAUUGGAACUGAAGAUUUUGUGUACCAGAAAUAGUUUAAUAAACUGUGAAAGUUGGAACCAAUCCUUUAUAUAUUGUUUUGUAUUUUUAUGAUAAUACCUGUUCAAUUUUAAAACUAAAAUCUUAUACUACAGUAUCAUACCACUUCCAAAAUCUACCAGGAACAUUCAUAUUAAAAGACAGUUUAAUAUGAAUUCUCAGGUUUGAGGUUUGAAUUGGAUUCAGAGGUGGGAACAACCAUUAUCCUUUUCCUAAAUUUCAGCCUUGGCUUAAUUCUGGUGAGUCAAGCAUUGAGAAUUGUACAGCACUACACUGUGUGGUCACUUCAGUUAAUAAAUAGCAACCAUUAUCUGUAAACAAUGUAAAGAGAGGUGAUUGUGAGUCCCAGUCUGCAAAGUCAAAAGCUUGAGAGACUUCAUAUGUAGAUUUAUAAUUGAUAUUGAUGAAGCAUUUGCCCUUUAAUAAGUUAUUCACUUGUCAAAGCAACAAACACAGCUGUUCAUCAUGGCAAGAGUUUAAAACUGUAAUGAUUUAUUUUUGUGAAAUGGAUAUUCUAUAGAAAACAUUGUGCAUGUUAUGUAGCUUGUACAGUAUUUUAGUACUCUUCCAAAGUUUGAAAUAGAAAUUGAGAACAAUAACUUGUAGCAAUGGUUGUAAGUGGCAUCCUUUUUAAUUUCAAGGAAUAUGUCUUCUGUAUAAGAAAUAACAAUUCCAGUAUGUAUGUAUGUAUGUAUGAGUGUAUUAUAAUUUUUUGUACUGCUUAUAUAACAAGCUGUUAUGAUUGCUAUGAACUACGAAAUGUAACUUUUGAUUAAUCACGUAGUCAUUCAUUUAAUUGAAUACACAUUUGAAUCUGUCUUUGUAGCAAAGAGAAGACCUGAAUAGACAGUGUUGGAAUCUCUUCCGCCGUAAAUUUGGUUCUCCAGUUAACUUUUGUUUGUUGGCAUUCAGCAUCUGGCUAUCCCCCAAAAAAGAAAUUGACCUGCUCUUUUAACCUAUUAUAGAGGGUCCCUCUGGGUCAAUGCGGGGAAGCUCACAUUACCAAUGCUUGUGCUAUUCUUACUCUGUAAAUAAAUAGAGGACUCGAGUCUCCCAUGCUGACAAAAAAAGAACACCAGAAAUCCUAGUAAAAAAAAAUAAAUAAAGAUAAUUCCAAAGUUAA